UUUAUAUCAAACCCCCACCCCUCCUCUCACGCUCAUAUAUUAGCUAGGGAGAGAGAGAGGGUUCUGCAGUGACACCCAGUUGAUCAUCACAUAAGAUCUACAGAUCAAGAUUGAAAAUGAUGGCAGCCGCUCCUCCGCCGAACCCUGUGCCGGUCGCCUACCAGGCCUUCACGUCGGCCGCGGUGCCCGACUGGCUGAACAAGGGCGACAACGCAUGGCAGAUGGUGGCGGCCACGCUCGUCGGCCUCCAGAGCGUGCCGGGCCUCGUGAUCCUCUACGGCAGCAUCGUCAAGAAGAAGUGGGCGGUCAACUCCGCCUUCAUGGCCCUCUACGCCUUCGCCGCCGUCGUCCUCUGCUGGGUCAUCUGGGCCUACAAGAUGUCCUUCGGCGACAAGCUCCUUCCCUUCUGGGGCAAAGCCGGCCCCGCCCUCGGCCAGAGCUUCCUGAUCAAGCAGGCCGUCUUGCCCGAGACCAAGCACUUCUACAAGAACCAUACUACGGUCGAGACGGACACCGCGAGACCCUUCUACCCGAUGGCGUCGAUGGUGUGGUUCCAAUGCGUGUUCGCCGCCAUCACCGUGAUCCUCCUCGCGGGGUCGGUGCUCGGGAGGAUGAACUUUAGGGCAUGGAUGAUGUUCGUGCCGCUCUGGCUGACCUUCUCCUACACGGUGGGCGCGUUCAGCCUGUGGGGCGGCGGCUUCUUGUUCCAUUGGGGCGUCAUGGACUACUCCGGCGGCUACGUCAUCCACCUCUCCUCCGGCACCGCCGGCCUGACCACCGCUUACUGGGUGGGACCGAGAUUAACAAAGGAUAGGGAGAGAUUCCCUCCGAACAAUGUGCUGCUGAUGCUGGCGGGGGCGGGACUGCUGUGGAUGGGGUGGGCGGGGUUCAACGGGGGAGACCCGUACACGGCAAACAUAGACUCGUCGGUGGCCGUGCUCAACACCAACAUAUGCGCGGCGACGAGCCUCCUGGUGUGGACGUGGCUCGACGUCAUCUUCUUCAAGAAGCCCUCCGUCAUCGGGGCCGUCCAGGGCAUGAUCACAGGCCUCGUUUGCAUCACUCCCGCCGCAGGUCUCGUCCAAGGAUGGGCGGCCAUAAUCAUGGGGAUCAUGUCCGGAAGCGUCCCGUGGUUCACCAUGAUGAUCGUGCACAAGAGGUGGACUUUGCUCCAGAAGAUCGAUGACACCCUCGGAGUCUUCCACACCCACGCCGUGGCCGGCUACCUUGGCUGCAUCCUCACGGGCCUCUUCGCCGAGCCGGAGCUCUGCUCCCUCUUCCUCCCGGUCACCAAUUCGAGGGGGGGAGUCUAUGGCGGCUCCGGCGGGGUCCAGAUCCUGAAGCAGAUGGUGGGCGGGGCCUUCAUCAUCGGGUGGAACGCGGUGGUCACGUCGGUCCUGUGUGUGGCGAUAAGUUGGGUGGUGCCACUGCGGAUGCCGGAGGAGCAGUUGCUGAUCGGGGACGACGCGGUGCACGGGGAGGAGGCCUAUGCACUGUGGGGGGACGGGGAGAAGUACGAUUCGACCCAACAUGAGAUGCUUUCGGACGAGACCACGCACCCCAAGGUAUCUAGGGGUGCAACGCAAGUUGUGUAACAUAUGUGACGAGAUAUAAGUUCAAAGAAUACAUACGAACGAUUAUUUUUAGCAUAGACAGAUAGAUCGAUACUGGUUUGGUUUGGGAUAUGAAUGUUGAUGAUGAUCUUCUUGACUUUUUAUUUUGUGGUUGUAGCAUAGUUUCAUAGUUUGUACAUCCGUUCCUUGAUCUAAAUGGGAUAUUGUCCUUCUGGUUUAAAGAGAACCAAUCUCAACCGUUGAGUGAAUCGAAUGCAAAAGGAUUUGGUAA